AUGGAGCACGAACAGACUCUGCAAGAGGUCGAGGCGAAGUUGACUCAGUCGUAUGUAGAGCAAUUCCGACAGCACACGCAGGAGGUCCGAACCCAUCUCGCAGGGAAGACAGCUGACGAGCUUCCCCCUUCAUUCGUACCUCCCGCUGGCUACUGGACGUCCGCCGAAAAGGAUCUCUUCUUUCGCGGAAUAUGUACAUACUCGCGCCUUCGACCAGAUUUGAUUUCAGAAUCCAUCGGAACCAAAUCCAUGCUUGACGUCUGUACCUACAUCGACAUCUUGGAAUCCGCCUCUGCUCGCGCUCCGACUCGGGAAAGCGACUCGGGGACAAACCGUGCUGACACUGAGAUUGCCAUGGAAAUGUCUAGAUCUUGGAUCAAAUGGGAGAACGGACAGGCGUCCGCUCUUGCCACUGCAGAGCCACUCUGGGAAGCCGCAGAAACAGAACGAUUGCAAGAGGCUACACUAGCUGAAAAAGCUGCCACGGUUCCCUCAGAACUUACACGCGAAGCUUUUCUCGCAUGGAAGGUUGAUAGGGAAGCUCGGUGGAGCGCAGACUCUGUGCUCAAUAAUCUUGGAAAAUACCAUCUGAAAGUGAUGGACGCUGUCUUGAACGAUGGCAAACCGGAGCCCGACGAGGACGAACAAAUCUCCGACAGCGCAAGACACCAUGACGGUGCGGUAGGAAGCCUCGAACCUUCGGCUCCUGCCACAUCUGCCACGGCUGUCAGAGCGGCGGCGAACUCUGUUCACAGGCACAGCGCUAUCGACACGAAUAACUCUGAGAGGAAUGUGAUCCAACCGGGUCUCAAACGCCGUGCUGCUACGCCACCUGGAGAAGGCGACGCUGCCGAGAUGAACGGUGCAGACCUAGCAAGCAUGUCUCCUACGUCUCGGCGGCGUUUUCAGAAGCGACUAUACAUGAGACGGAAACGUGCAGAGCUUGCAGGAGGGACUGUGGACACAACCACCGAGAAAUUCAAACCAGGAAGAAAGCCCAAGGAGAGGCUACCGCGACCCCGUCCGAAGGCAUACGCCACAAGGAAGCAGCAGAGAAUAUCGAAGAAACCAAGGCACGAUUCACCUUCGUCUGAGGGCGACGAGGACGAGGAAGGCACCGGCUCCCAGAGCGAAUCAACGAUGGGGGGAUCAGGAGGGACAGGAGACGCCAGCACGCUGGAUAACAAUCCAACGUGCACCUCUAAAUCCGAGGGUGACUAUGCCCAUCCCCACAUAAGCGGCGUUACCCAGCCGUAUAAGGUCAAAACUGAGCUAGAGUCAUUGGGUUUGAUCAACGCAGAAGAACUGCGCGCCGCCGAACUAGACUUCUUCAGGCUUGCACCUCUCAGUCGUAUGAUGAAUGCAUAUCGCGCACCGUCAGACUCGGAGACCUUUAUCUCGGCGAAUACGAUUCGCUUGGUGAAGAAAAUUGUUACGGAAUUCAUCACUCGUAUGGUACAGCUGUCUAUUGUCGCUCAGGAGCAAGAGGCACGGCUGAAGGCAGAUAAGAAAGUUUGGAGGAUGCCCAGUACACCAAUUGUGACUGCAGCGAAUGUCGUGCUUGCAGCAGACAUGAUGGGCGUACCUACGCUCAAUCAACGGCCUGCCGAAAUUCGCACCUCUGGGAAUGAUCUCGACGCGUGUACGGCGCUCGCCGCGCAACCCAGAGCAAUAACAGAUAAUCCUAGUGAACCAGGAUCUGAUGAAGAGGAUUCAGAGCCAGAAGAUGAUAAGAAUCUUCCAUCCCAAUACUCCCAUUCGCUCUGUAGGCAGCUCAAUCCCGCGUUCGUUCGCCUGCCGCCAAAUAUUGGCACGCUUCUGUCUUCUGCAUCCGGUCAGGAUCGUAUCGUUCAGGAUGUUGAAGAGGACUUGCUGGAGCUAGAGUUAGAGGAAGAAGAAUAUUUGAACGAGCAGGAUAAGUUAGUCGAGCAAGCUUUUGAGAAGGAAUUGUGGAAGAUAAUUGGAGGUUCCGUUGAAUUGUAG